AUGACACGGCAGGUCACUGAUCACUCAGAGGAGAGGAAAGAGAGCCGGGAUAGAUGUCUGCAUAUAAGGGCUGGUGUUUCUCUUCAUCAUUGUCUCUGCACUGUACAGCAGAAUCUACAGAAGCUGAGAAGGAAGAAGGUUAUCAUCAUCAUCAAGAUGUUGACUGUGUCUGCACUUGUUUGUGCCAUGAUGGUUCUGACUAGAGCUGCUGCUCUUCCAGAGGCAGCACAUGAAAAUGGCCAGCCAGCAAAGAGUCACCCGGUCAAGAGUUCGACAGCUUGUUCUGGACGCUGGUCUGAGUUCAGCGGUCGCUGUUUCCACUAUGUUCCAAAAGCCAUGACUUGGGCCCAAGCUGAGAAAAACUGUGAGUCCAUGGGUGGAAACCUUGCGUCCGUUCACAACCUGCUGGAGUACCAUGAGAUUCAGAGGCUGAUCAUGAGCGCAAGUUAUGAUUACACAGUAACGUGGAUUGGAGGCUCGGAUGCACAAGAGGAGGGUGUGUGGUUGUGGAGUGAUGGUACACCCUUCAACUAUCGGUCUUAUGGAAGGUUUAAUAACUUUCAGGGCAAGCAGCACUGUCUACAGAUAAAUUAUGGAGAUGAUAAGCGCUGGGAUGACACCUGGUGUAACGUUCGCCUCCCAUCAGUUUGUGCCAAAAAGCCCUGAUAAUUCUCAGGUGAAGAACCUCCCAGAAGCCCAAACAUGGGUGGAUGCGUGUUUAUGUGUAUGUGGGAUGCAUC